GAUGUCUUUGCUUCGGAAAGUCGUUGAUCUAUAAACACACUUCCAUUUGUAAAAACCGUACAUUUACCAUUUUACCCUUCAUAUUCUUCAUCCUUUUAUUUUUCCCUCCUUCACACCCAAAUUCAAAUCCCAUAGAUGAACAAAACCCUCAAUUUCGCCGGAGUCUGAGAGAUUUAUGAUAUUGCUCCGCCAUGGACGGCGGCGAAGUUUCUCUUCUUAAAGAAAACCACAAUGUUAAUAAUAAAGGUGAUAAAGUGAAAGGACAAGAAAUAGCUAAGGCAUCUACGGUUGUUGGAGAUUUACCGAGGAAAACGCUAGGCGAUAUUAGUAACUUGCCCCAGAAAAACCAGGAUAUGAAACCUCCAUCUGUUUCAGUUAAUGCUAAAGAUUAUAUUCAUAAGCUCCAUCAGGAAAAUUUGACAUUAGUGAAGCUACUUACGGAGAGAAAUAAAAUCAUUCAAUCACAUGCAUUUGAGUUGCAGAAACUGAAAACACAAUGCCAACACGUCCAGCAAAAGAAUCUGGAGCUCGCCCAAUCAAACAGCCAGAUAAUGGCGGAACUUAAUACAAAUAAAGAUAGGCUCAGGGUGCUUCAACAUGAGUUGGGAUGCAAAAACAGCUUGCUUAAAGUGUCGAAAUUGCAAUAUGAGGAAAACGAUAAUACGGGUGAUACCAUCAGACCUAGUGAGGUUGAUAAGGUUUCUGAAGCGGAAAACAGGGACAAUGAACUUAGCAAUAAAAGGAGGAAGCAGCAGUCUAAAUCUUUGGACCUUACUACUUUAAAGCCAGUCGAAGCUAAAGAGAAAACUGAUAAGCGUAGGAAAUGUGCUAAGUUGAAAGGUCGGAAACACGAUUCAACUGAUGAUGCAUUUGAGAUAACGAAAUCUUUGGACCUUCAUAUGGAUGAACCUAUUGAAGCUGAAAAGAAGGUUGAUGUGAAGAGGCUUUCUUUGAGAAGGCAAUCUUCUAGGUUCAUAGCCAGUGAGCAAGCCACAGCUGAUGAUUCAUUUCAGAUAAAUGAUGCUUUGGAUCCUACUACGGUCACACCUCAUCAAGCUGAAAAUAAGGCUGAUAAUAAGAGGCUUUGUUCGAGAAGGCAGUCUGCUAGACUUAGAAGUCGAGAAGUUCAAGAAUUAACUGAAGAUACAUUUCAGAUAGAUGAUGAUAAAUUUCCAGUUUCUCCCCUGAAUAAAAGUGAUGCCCCAACAUCUGUAUCAGCAGUCAAAAGUGAACCUGAAGUAGGACAGAGUACCUCUGGAUCUGAAGCCCCGGAACUAGGAAGGUUGUCUUUCCGACCUAAGCGUCAAGUGGCUGAAAAGGUUCAAUCCUACAAGGAAACUUCAUUAAAUGUCAAGAUGCGCAGACCUACGUGAGUUAGAAAUCUUUCUCAAACUAACCUUACAUUGGGCAGAGCAGGGGAGACCAUUUUUUGGCAUUCUUGAUGGUAAGGUUUGAAAGAAUUUCUUAUUGAUACCUGCUGCUAGUCAAAUGCAAAUGUUAAAGCUAGUAUAUUUUGUUCUAUUAUCAUCUACGCUCGAUGAUUUAGCACCCAAAAUCAAUCUAGGUCUUAGGUGAUUGUCCAGAUUAAUUGAAAAAAUUGCUUGUUUCUCAGUUUA